AUGGCAUCCGACAUAAAAAUGAGUCGAGAUCAGUUAACAUAUCAUAUUCCAAAACGAUUUAUAGUUGUUGGGCUAUGCGGGGUAGCUUUUGCAAUCUGCUAUGCAGUUGCGAUAGUUUUUAUGGCAAUGGAUUUUGGAUGGUCAUCAACGACACAAGGAAUAGUGUUAUCAGCAUUUUUCGUAGGAUACUUAACGACCCAAGUAUUAGGAGGAGCGCUAGCCGAUAAAUUUGGAGGAAAGCCGGUUUUAGCAAUAGCCGCAGCAACACGAGUGCUUUUCACAUUAUUAACACCGAAAGCAUCCGAAUUUGGAUUGAAUCCUUUAAUAAUAUGUAGAAUAUGCGUUGGUAUAGGAGAAGGAGCGUUAUUUCCGGGAGUGCAAUCCUUAAUAGCAAAGUGGAUCCCGGCACAAGAAAGAUCAAGAGCCGUCGCCGUCGUAACAGGAUCAAGUCUUAUCGGAGCCGUUAUUGGAUUGCCGUUAGCCACAUGGUUGGGUAACGGAAUUUAUGGAUGGGAGUGCAUCUUUUAUUUGUUUGGAACAAUCGGUAUGUUUUGGAGCUUAUUAUGGCAAAUUUAUGGAUCAAGCUUACCGGAUCAAUAUGAAGGGAUCAGUCAAGAAGAAUUAAAGUUAAUAAAAGGAGUCGGCAAGUUUGAGGACGAAGAAAAUAAUGUAACACAACGGGAGCGUCUAAACGCGAAUCCCGAAGUUAAUGUAUCACGACAGGAAGAUGUUCCUAAUGUCGCAGAGGAUGAAUCAUCUCCUUUGUUAGCUGACAAUAAGAAGAAGAAUUCUAAAUUAACAAAUGACAUACCAUGGAAAUUGAUACUUUCAAGGAAAGAAGUCUGGGCAUUAUUGAUAACAUAUUUUUGCAAUUCGUGGGGAUAUUUCAUCAUGUUGACAUGGUUGCCAACGUAUUAUUUAGAUCACUUUGGAAUUGAUAUCAAGAAAUUGGGAUACUUUGCUGUCAUACCUUAUGCUGUGCAGGGUGCCAUGGGUUUUGUCGUCGGCACGAUUGGUGAUCAUAUGAUUCAUAAAGUUAAAUUUCGAGUUAUAACCAUUAGGAGGAUCGCUCAAUCUAUUGGAAGUUUUGGCGUCGCUAUUUUCCUUUUAUUGGCGGCGUAUUUCGCAUCAACUCCAUUUGAGGGUAUUAUUUUAAUUACGAUCGGCAUGGGGUUAAAUACGUUCACAUUAGCGGGCGUAUCUGUAAAUCAGUUUGAUAUUGCCCCUAAAUAUGCAGGAAUCAUCUACGGUCUUGGGAACACAUUGGGAGUGAUCCCUGGUAUUUUUGGUGUGGCAUUAACUGGUUGGAUUCUGGACGUAACAGGAAGAAAUUGGAAUAUUAUUUGGGAUAUUGCGGCUUCUUUAUAUUUUAGUUCGGCAUUAAUUUUCUUGGCCUGGGCCGGUGGUGAUGUCAUCAUCGAUUGA